UGAAUCAGUCGUGAAAGGGGCUCUGUAUUGCAUUGCUAGAGACAACUUGGGGUCUCACUGCAUCGGGGGUUUUACGGAAAAUGUCAGUACAUCUCAGUACUUCUGCAGAUAUUGUCUGAUUACUCGUUCUGAAUUUCAGAGUGAAAAUCCAGCUAUCAUUGGACCGGAGCGGACUCCAGAAACAUAUCAAUCUGCCACUGAACAGCUGGAGAGAGAGGAUGUGACUGAAGUACAGGGGAUUAAGUUCAGUUUUCUGUAUUUCAACAGAUAUGAUGGAUACACAAAAGGACAUCCGUGAUGCCAUACGAGCAGUGCUUCCUGGCCUUUCACAGGAAGUUUUGGCUGCUUUAGAGGAUGUGUUGGAGAACCUCGGCACUACAACCACAGAUGAUUUACAAUAUAUCACUGAAGGAGACUUAUUGCCUGUGCUGAAGCCCAUACAGGCCAGAAGACUGGUUGCUGCGUGGGCCCAAAAUAACUCAAUGGCUUCAACUUCAGGCGGGGCAUCCUCCUCUCCACAGUCCGUUCAGUCCUCUCAAUCUGCAGCCUCACUUUCACAACCAUCGUCUGCUGCUAUUUCAUCACCUUCACAGAGCUGCUCCCCAGUUUUGCCAACCUGGGUUGACAGUUUUCAGAUACCGUGGCAGAAGCUCCCGGAAGAGCUGAUACAAACUUUGGAACGACAGAAAAGGCCAAGUGCACGACUUCGAAGACAAAUGGUGAGAAUUAUUGUCUCUGAAAUGAUGCAGAUUUGCAAGAAUCCAACCAAACGCAACACUACUGAAAUAGCAGAAAGGAUGGUGAGCAGAUAUCCAAAGUCACUUAAGGAUGUCAUUGAUGGUGACGUUAUUGGACUUGGUUAUCAUUCCCUGGUAAAACAACUCCAGGGUAGAAUUGAAAAUGUCAAACGACAAUACACACCAAAGAUAACUAAACGCAAGGCAGAAUCAGAUAACAACACUGAUGAGAUACCUGCUGAGCAAAAAGCCAGUGUUCAAGACACGUAUGGCUGUGUCAACUGGGAGCCAAAGUUUUUGCCCCUUUCUGAGACUGUAGAGAGUCAGCUUAAGAGAAAAGAAGACAUGAAAAAGAUGUUUAAAGACCAAAAUUAUGCUGCAGAAGAUGUGAAAGAACUUAUCAAGUCCACCUAUUACACGCAACGAAAGGACAUCAAUAAAGGUACAAGCAUCCUGAAGCUAUGCCAAGAAUGGCCUUUUUUGUUCCACAAAACUGGCAUGGCAGAACACUUCCAGCAACUUACUGGCAUCAAUCUGAUGGAAGCCUUCUUCACCAAUCUGGACAAAAAGGGGGAGCGCAUCCUCAACUUCCUUAAAACUGUUUUUGCUCAGAAAGAAAACGAAGUUCUGGAGUCUCUCCUCAAGUUAGCAAAUGAAAAAGGUCAGUCCAGUGGUUGUACAGAGAUGAUUCUUCUUCUACUUGCUUUUUUUUGA